UGGAAAGGAGCACUUUCUUAAUUUGCAACUUUUGGAUAUCAAGCUAGCUAGCUAGCUAGGGUUUAAGUUCUCUCUAUAUAUGUACCCGGCCCUACCGCCCUUUAGAUUCUCCAUCAAAGCCACUAUAUACGAGAUUCAUCCAAUGGAAACUGAUCAGGAGGGUAGAGAAGAGCAGGAUACAGAUCGAGGAGGGCAGAGAUUGGUGCUGCCAGAAGAUGGGCAUGGAUGGAAGAAAUAUGGCCAGAAGUUCAUAAAAAAAAUUGGAAAAUUCCGGAGCUAUUUUAAAUGCCAGAAGCAGAAUUGUGUGGCAAAGAAGAGAGUCGAGUGGUCCAACCCUGAUUAUAUUCGAAUAUGGUACGAGGGAUCUCACAAUCAUGCCUCAUCUAUACAAGGGACUUCUUCCUCCGCUGCUGCAAAUCAGUACAGCUUGUACGCUCAAGUUUUUGGAUCAGAUCAACCAGCUGCUUCACGCACGCAUCAUCAAGAUGCUUAAUUGAUUGUUUAUCGUAUCGUUAGUUUCCUUUUUACCACUGUUACUGUCGCUGUCUCCGUUAAAAAAUAAUAUAAAUUAUAUAUU